UACAAGUUAAUUGCAAACACAUAAGAGUUUAUAUAUAUAGCUAGAAAUCCUAGAAUGGCAAACUUGUGGGUUGCAUUAUUGUUGAUUGUAGGGGUGUUCACUAUUGUUCACUCCCAAGCUCAUCAAUAUUCCCAAACAUUCUUAGAAGAGAAUAAUUAUCAUGAUUCUAUUUCUGAAGAUCUAACUGUUUUUAAUAAAGGAAAAAACCAAGUUACAAAUCUUAUUAAGGUGCCAAAAAAAGGCUCUUCUCCUCCUGAGUCUUUUGUUGUUGUUUCACCUAAAGAAGACGGUGUUUAUCCUAUACUGUUCUUCAUCCAUGGCACCAUGCUUACCAAUGAAGCCUAUUCUGAACUCUUUAAAUUUAUUGCUUCUCAUGGCUUCAUUGUUGUUGCUCCUAAGUUGUUCCGGGCAUUCCCACUGCCAAGUCUACCUAGCCAUCAAGAUGAGAUAAACAGGGCAGCAGCAGUUGCAAACUGGUUACCUUCAAAUCUACAAAAGAUCCUACAAAAUAACAAACUUGCUAACGUGCAACCCAAUUUCAACAGUUUCGCAAUCUCCGGUCACAGCCGAGGAGGAAAAUCCGCUUUUGCCCUUGCACUCGGUAUGUCUGAAACCAAACUAACUGUCAAAAUUUCAGCACUGAUAGGCAUAGACCCUGUCGCCGGGGCUAGUCCAGAUGACCGUACAAAACCAUACGUCCUAACCUACCACGACAACUCGUUUAAGUUACCGGUUCCAGUCACUGUUAUCGGCACUGGACUGGGUAACAGCACCAUCCCGUGUGCUCCCAAUAAUGUUAGCCAUCAACAGUUUUACAACGAGUGUAAGAAAAGUUCUCAUUUUGUGAUUAACAAAUAUGGUCAUAUGGAAAUGUUGGAUGAUUUUUUGUUGGAUCCUUUGGCUAUUACUAUGUCAGUUAUGUGUAAACAAAGUUUUGGACCAAAAGCUACGAUGAGAAGAACACUUGGUGGGGUUAUGGUGGCUUUUAUGAACACUUAUUUUCGAGGUGAUGGAGGACAAUAUCAUGCUAUAAUGGCUAAUCCAUCUUUGGCUCCUACUAAGCUCUUUGUUGAGGAGAAGGGUAAUUUUGGAUUUGCACCAAAUCAUGCUCAAGCUUAAUUAAUGGUUAAUUAAUUAUGUCAAAUGGUUUCAUGUAAUUUGUUUUCUGUAGUACAACUCGAUCAGUAGUCUUGUUUGUGGCUACUAAAUAAGUCAUUAGUAACGGUGUAAUUUGGUUAUUAAGAACGUUUGGCGUGUGUUAUGUACUACGGAACUUAUGUUGAUGAUCAAAAUUAAGCUCACAGGCCCUAGGGCCAUCUUAUGUAACAA